AGAACACAAACAGUCACAUAUACAAAUGGAUUUGAAGUACAAUGUUGAGUACUUAACAUACUUACGAAUCAUAGACCUUAUCUGUGAAAAUGACAUUUUUGCUUCAUUAUAUUAGAUAUUAAGGAUAUCUCGAACGAUCUUUUAGUUUUAUUCUGUCAAGUGUUUGACAAGUGACAGAUAGUUUUGCCGCGGUUUUGGUAAAAUGUGACAUUGACAGUUAGAUUACGACUGAGAGGAAAAAAUUCAAGCGAUUGAAGGAAGGAUUUUUAUUGUUUUAAUUGUAAAAACUCAAAGAUAAAUAAACUAUUGUAAACUAAUUCAGUAUUUUAGUGAGACAUCUAAUAUCGGAAGUGGCAAAGAACUGAAGAAAUAUCAAAGAACAAAAAAAAGGAAAACUGGGACAGGCCAUCAUGUUCAGAGUUCAUGUUGACAGAGCAAACUGAGUGCUAUAGUGUCUAACAAAUCUUGAAUCCUGAGUAUUACAUAUAUGAAAACAUUUUACAGCAUGAAAUCAUAGCUAUAAUGGCAUAUACCCAUGUGAACAACAAUGCUCAUAUGCUAACCUUAAAACAUGCAAAGAAAGAUACGAAAGUUUGGUUAUUUAAUAUUGAGUAAAGCUUCAUGUUAGAAUUCUAAGAUGAAAUUGCAGGGUGAACAAGAUGGGGGUUGGCAUACCCACAAAGGCCUAAUUGUUGAAGAAUUAUUGCACUCAAAUAUGCACUAUGGCCGUGUGUAAAAGGUUUGGAGGUAUAAAAAUAUAUAAUCACAAGAUGAAGUGAGGUAAGGUCAAAUUAUAGAAUGUUUCAUUGGCAUUCACAUAAUUUACAAAAUCUCCAAAUGUCUUCACAAAUGGGUACUGCAAGUGCGUGAUGGGUGUCCUCCCCGAACUGGAUGGUGCAAGGGAUUCUUUACAGUAAAAGCAAUCUGCGGUGAGAGAUGACUGCAGGUAUUAUGUCAAAAGUUAAGGGGAUGCUGUAUUUGCUGCUAUAACAAAAGUUAAGUAUACUCCACACAUGUUCCUUGUUUCAACAAGUUGAAGUAUUUGAAAGUUUCAUGCAAGCAAAUUUGUUGAAAUCUGACAAUGUCAUGAAAUGGUAAUAAAUUAUUGGCACUAGAUAAACACAAGUGCUGUGAUAUACAUGCAUCCGCUUCAAAAACUGCUAGUGUAUAAAUAAAAUACUUAUAAUAAUAAGUGGUACAAGACAUAUUUUUAAUUACAAGAGUUAAAAUAAAAUAAAUUAUUGGUAUAUAACAUUCUGUAUGGAGAAUUAACAUUAAAAGAUCAUAAUCAUAAUCUUUUUUUUUGUUUGUGAGAAAUGCAUUGACAUAAAUAUACUAGACAGGCUAUCGAGAACAAAUUGUGUCCGCCAUUUUCAGCGUUUGACAUCUGUCACUAAGCUAAAGAAUAAGGAUAGCUGUGUAGCUAGCCAGAGGCGAAACUGUUAUGACAACUGUUCAUUUUCUGUCUACAUAUGCAUUGUAAAGAAUCUAGAUAAAAUGUAUUGUAUUUCCUUACAAGUGUAUUGAAAUUGUUUUACGUAUGUGAUACGGACGACAUUAAGAUUUAUAAAAAUAGUCAUAAAGCUUUGAACUUUCUAUUUGACUCGUACUCGUAGCAAUUUUGAUCAAAUCGCACUUAUAGCAUAAUAUACUCUUUAAAUAUGAGAAGAGAAGAAACUACAAAAAAAAAUUACGAAAUAAAGAGUAAUAUAUCAUUAUUGUGUAGGUAUAUAAUUAUUAUUUUGCAAAGAAUAAGGUAAGUAAUCAUUAGUACCUAUGUAUUACAUCUGCGAGAUGUAAUUUAUGCGCCACAGAAAAUGGCGUACCACCGUGAGUGUUUAAAGUAACGUUUGAAAAUAAUCUAAAUGAGCUUAAAACAAGAGCUUUUCGCAUUGAAUCUUUAUUAUAUUGCUUUAAUUACGUUUCUUGAUAUUAUUAGAAUGCAUUUUCAUAACGCACAAAGGCAUUUUCAGUUUAUUUAAAAAAAAAAAAAAAAAACUUUUUUUUGUCACAUGCGUGUAUCACGCCUGUAGUCGGAGUCGUACUAAACCUAAUGAAGUGCCGACACUUCAUUGAGGUGUGGAAACAUUUUGUUAGAGAUGCCGACUCUAGUACAAUGACUUAAUGGGGAAAUGGGUUACAUUGCCGAUAAUUACUAUUGUAACUAAGAUAGCUUGCUAUAGCUCAUACAGUAUUGGAUCUACAACUUAAGUCAAAAUUUUGAUCAUAUGUUUAUUGACAUUAUUUAAUUAAUACAAGACCUAUUUUUAAUAUGAGAGUUUGUGACUUGUCUGGUAAGUUUGCAUUUUAAUGCAGUCAAUGAAAUUGAAGCCAUUAUCAUUUUUACAAUGGAGAAAUGGGUUACAUUGCCGGUAAUUACUAUUGUGACUAAGAUAGCUUGCUAUAGCUCAUACAGUAUUGGAUCUACAAUUUAAGUCAAUAUUUUGAUCACAUAUUUAUUGACAUAAUUUAACUAAUAUAAAACCUAUUUUUAAUAUGAGACUUUGUGUCUUGUUUUGUAAGUUUGCAUUUUUAUGCAUGUCAAUGAAAUUGAAGCCAUUAUCAUUUUUACAAGAUAAUGUCCCACUGCUGGGCACAGGCCUCCUCAGUUCAUAUUUAAGUAAUUCGUUUUGAUCAAACAUUUAGUAAAAAGUAUUUUGAUAAAUUAUUAGAAAAUAUUUAGUAAGCAAAGAUAGUUCAACCGUAAUUUCAAAUGUUGAAUGAAACAUGCUAUGUGUUCGCGCCCUUUUUCAUUCAUUAUCAUUCAUAUUCAUCCAUCUCGCUCGCUUUUCUUUCAUACUAUCUACUCUAUUCAACCUCAUUUUUAUUCUCAUAUCACCCGCCUUUUUGCCGACCUACUUAAACGCAAAAUAAAGAAGCUAAAAAUUUAAAUACAUGUCAAUUGUUGGACAACGUCAAUGAAGUGAAAAAUCAAUAUACUUUUUUUCCUGAUAAUAUGAAUAAAAUAAUACGAUGAAAUAAUUAUAAUAAACGAGAGUGAUAAACGUGAGUGUGAAGGAGUAAGGAGAGAGAAGAACGAACCAAAAAUUAAAUACGGCGGCCGCCGUUAACAAAUCGGAAUCUAUACCCAGGUACGGUCGGCCUCAUAAUUAACAUCUUUUUAAUUUUAUUCUCAUUUUUAGUUUUCUCAUAGCCAUAGUCCCUCUGUAUUUCUUGGACUGCGCUUUUCCUCUGGUCCUUCGGCAUUCCUCGCGUUAACAUUUCUGGUCUUCGAACCGGAUUCUCUUUUCUUUUCCUUCUCUCCUCAUACAUUCAUUGCUAAUCGUUCUCCUCCCGCACCGCACCGCCCUUAUAAAUAUUACCUAAAUUAUUCUAUAUUAAUCGCUCCCGCAGUUUAGGUAUUUAUUUAUAUGAGUAUUACUAUUCGCCGCGCCGCCCUUAUAAAUUAAUUACCUAAAUAUAAUUUCUUAAUCGCACCCGCAAUUUAGGUAUACGUUUAUAAGAGUUAAUCCUUAUUCAUAGGAACAUAAAUUGUUUUACCGCAUAAAUAAAAUUAAACUACUUAACCCGUCUCCUGCAUUAUGGCGAAAGAUACAAGAAAUAUCGAAAGCGUCGACAGCGCGUAUUAUGAAGACGAGCUGUCGAUGCUUGAAGCAAAACGCAAUAUCUUCUUUGAACUCGUCCAGGGUAUUUACAAAAAAUCGCUAGUUGUCGAUACCGAUUUAGCCAGUCGCGAGAGUUUCCUUGAUGCUGCUGACACUAUCGACGAACUCCGAUCAGAGUUCAAAGAGGUGGUUAAUGAGUAUAAUCGUACGUUGCUAAGAGCUAGGGCGGCUGCUGUCCCUAAUUAUCAGCCGAUUAUAGCCUUCGAAGAUUUGUACUGCCGCAUCAGGAGAGUGGUUAAGCGGCUGCAACCAGCCGCACCGCCGGCCUCUUCGCUGCCUUCUAUAGUGGAGAGAGCCAGACCUUCUUUGCCAACGAUGGAACUGGUAGCGUUCGAUGGAGAUAUACGUAACUGGCCGCUUUUCUACGCUAGUUUUAAAUCCAGAGUGCACGAAAAUCUGUCGCUUACUGAUGAAGAGAAGCUCUUCUAUCUUAUUGGGAAAUUGUCACCAAAAGCUCAAGCCGUCAUCGCGGGUAUAACUCCGAGCGCUGAAAACUAUCAGCUUAUCAUCGAUAGUCUAAUUGACAGAUUUCAAGACAAGCGCACUCUUGCCUCGACCUACAUGGAUCAAAUGCUCAAUUUAAAGAUUAAUGGUCCCGCUUCCUCGUCUAAUUUUCAAACAUUUAUCGAUAAGUUUGUCACAGCUGCGAAUGCGCUUAAGUCGCUUAAGCUCGAUGAUUUAUGCGAUUUCAUGCUCCUUCAUAUGGCAUUAAAGAAGCUAGACCAGGAAACUCUUCGAGCAUUUGAAAUGUUACACCGAGAUACGAAAUUGCCUAGCUUCCGCAAUUUGACAGAUUUUAUGAAGAGUCAGUUUAGGAUUUAUCAAAAUGUGCAACCAAGCACCGUCGUCGUCUCCGCCGCAGCAAAUCUAUCGCGCGAAAAAGGUGUUAAGUCGUCUCAACCGCGUAGUGCCGCACCAAAACUACAAAGUUAUGUUGCUUGCGCGAGCACUACUAAAUGUAUUUGUGACAAUAUUGUUCAUGAACAUUUAUUUAAAUGUCCGUCCCUCAACAGUUUAACGCCUUCUGAACGCUUCAAACGCGCUAAAGAGCUUAAGGCAUGUGUUAACUGCCUAAGUAUCAAACACCGCACCCGCGAGUGCAAUUCCGAGGUGAAAUGUCGAGUUUGUCAUCAAAAGCAUCAUACUCUGUUGCAUUUUGACAAAGACAAGGAUGAAAGAGCUACGACGUCUGAUGUGUCAAGUGCAUCUGCGAGCGCCGUAGCUAAGUCGUCUUCACCGCCGCCGGAAAGCACAUCUUGUAACACGUCUAUCGUGACUCAAGCACUAGCGGCCUCUAACAAUAAGAUGUCAAAACAAAACUCAACAUCUUCGUGUGAUACGGUAUUGCUGUCCACCGCAAAAGUUAUCGUCCGCGAUAAUAAGGGUGGCACGCAAGUCGUCAAAUGUUUACUUGACACCGCAUCACAAAGUAACUUCAUUACUGAGGAGUGUUGUAAGCGCUUAGGUUUGAAUUUUGAUAAAAAGCCAAGCGCUGUAUUUGGCAUUGGAAAAACUAAAAAAAUUGUUAAGGGUAACGCAGAUAUUAAAAUAUUUUCGCGAUUCGACGAAAACGUCAACUUUGACGUUUCGAGUUUUGUGGUCGAUCGCAUCACCGACGAUUUGCCAUCAGUGCCGGUGGACAUGUCAACCCUCACACAUGUUCAUGGCCUCCCUUUGGCUGACGACACGUUGGAUACGCCCGUCGCAAUUGAUGUACUGGUGGGUGCAACUAUAUUUCCACAUUUGUUACUGCCGCACAUUGUUAAAAGCGAUGUGGACUAUCUGCCACCGGCUAUUCAGACAGUAUUGGGGUAUAUUUUAAUGGGUUCGGUCCCUGCUUUACAGUCACCGCGUAAAUAUACUUCGGCAUGUUGUACUUCUGUUCAAGACUCCACAGACAACCUUCUCAAAAGGUUUUGGGAACUUGAGGAAAUAUCCGCUCCGCCCGCUCAAAGUCAAGAUGACCUUGAAUGCGAGGAUUAUUUUCGCGCCACCACUACGCGCGACGCUAGUGGUAGAUAUACUGUCGCAUUGCCUUUCCGAGAUGACGUGUUCAAGCUCGGAGAGUCGCAUUCUGCUGCUAAGAGGCGCUUUCUUUGCCUUGAAAGAAAGCUAGAGUCAUCGAGUGUGUUACGUGCCGCCUAUGACGAUAUCAUUCGUGAAUACGUCAGUAAGGGUUACAUAUCGGAGGUAACUAUCUCCAUGAAGGCCUCUCCAGCUGUCGCAUACAUAAUUCCUCACCAUGCUGUCAUACGCGAGGACAAAUCAACGACCAAAGUGCGCAUGGUCCUGGAUUCGAGUAGCAAGACAAGCACAGGUCUGUCGCUGAAUCACGUUUUGCACUCAGGGCCCAAUCUUCAAGGGGAUUUGUUUUCAAUCCUUCUGAACUUUCGCUUAUUCAAAAUAGCGCUUUCGGCCGAUUGUCGCCAAAUGUUUUUACAGAUUGGUGUUCGCGAAGCGGAACGCAAGUUUCAACGAAUCUUAUAUAGAUUCCGCCCGGCAGAUCCCAUUACCACAUACGAAUUUAAUCGCGUGUGUUUUGGUAUGAAGUCGAGUCCCUAUCACGCGCUCCGCGUCGUCCGUCAGCUAAUUGCAGACGACGGGCAUAAGUACCCAACGGCAGCGGCGAUCGCGUCCUCUUGUACAUACAUGGAUGACGUAUGCUUUAGCAUUAUGUCAGAUGACUCGCAGCAGCAGGAUGAGUCUGUUGCUAUCGCCGCGGCUAAGGAGCUGAUUGAUUUAUUCAAAUGCGGUCAAUUUGAUCUUGUGAAAUGGACCUGCAAUUCAGACGCCGUGCUACGCGAAAUACCUGCUUCGCAUCGGGCUUCCGUAGACAUUGAAAUCGACCCAGGGGUCUCCCAAAAGGUCCUUGGCUUAUGUUGGAAUAAAUCUGGUGAUUACUUUCAUUUCAAGGUGACAGAGCCAGACUCAACGUGCACUAAAAGGACGAUCUUGUCCGCAGUGGCACGUCUAUGGGAUAACGUGGGCUUAGUAGCUCCAGUUGUCUUAUACGCAAAACUCCUCAUCCAGGAGCUUUGGUUGAUCAAAUGCGACUGGGAUGAGACUCCCCCACCCCAUAUUGUGGAUUUAUGGGAACGAUUCUGUUCGGAGUUGCCAAAGCUCAAUGGAAUCCAAAUACCGCGCCAUCUUGGAGUAGCACAGGGUUGUACUAUAAACCUUUUAGGCUUCGGUGAUGCAUCCGAGCGUGCAUAUGGAGGCGUCGUAUACCUUCAGGUUCUAAAGGGAGACGAAGUGGCAGUUCGGCUGGUGUGUUCCAAGUCGAAGGUCUGUCCCCUUAAAACAGUCUCCGUCGCGAGAUUGGAACUGUGUGCUGCGGUCCUCCUGGCAAAGCUCAUGCGGAAGGUGCAAGAUAACUUCGAACCUCGUUAUAACAUUAACGAGGUCUACGCGUUUACAGACUCGAAAGUUGCUCUCUGCUGGAUUCAGUCAUCCCCCCACCGCUGGCAAACGUUUGUUGCCAACCGGGUAGUUAAGAUUAUCGAAGCUAUUCCGGCCAACUGCUUCCAUCAUGUGGCGGGCUUAGAAAAUCCCGCGGAUUGCUUGUCCCGUGGCCUGACGCCUUCUAAGCUUGUGGACCAUCCUUUGUGGUUCACGGGACCGGCUUGGGCUUCCAAGCAUCCAUCGGAAUGGCCUUUAAGGGAGCUCGAUCGAGAGUCCAUCGGUGAAGUGCCGGAGCUUAAGCCUCUUGCACACGCUGCAACUACGGAUGUGUCAGAGUCACCAGUUUAUUCACUCGCUCAGCGAAUAUCGUCGUGGUCUCGAUUAUUGCGCAUCGUAGUAUACGUGUACCGCAUUCUUAAACCGAAACCGCGCUUCUCAGCACUUUCCCGAAAUGACCUAGAGUUCGCUGAGGGUAAAAUUAUUUCAUCGUUGCAAAGUGAACACUUUAGCGACGACAUUGAUAAAAUAAAGAGCAAAAGGUAUUGCUCACUUGCCUUGCAAAAGCUUAAACCAUUCUUAGAUAAAGACGGGCUGAUUCGUGUUGGAGGCAGGCUGUCAAAUGCUGACAUGAAAUAUUCGCAGAAACACCCAAUUGUGCUUCCACGACGUGAUCAUGUAGUCAAUAUGAUCGUCGACUAUUUCCACAGAAAGCAUUUGCACGCUGGUCCUGAGUCAUUAAUGACUAUACUUAGGCUUCAGUAUUGGAUACUGUCGGCUCGUCGUGUCAUUCGCGACCGCGUUGCCAAAUGCAACACGUGUUUCAGAGCGAAUCCACAAUCGUCUCUCCCGCUCAUGGCAGACCUACCGAGCUGUCGCGUGAAUCAAGUGAAUAAACCGUUUACACAUACGGGGUGUGAUUAUGCAGGUCCCUUGCAGUACACUCCUACUCGAGGCAGAGGAGUCAAGAGUCGCAAGGCUUGGUUAUGCAUUUUCACUUGCCUCACGACGCGCUGCCUUCAUAUCGAGAUAGCGACGGAAUUGAGUACCGCCAAUUUUUUGGCUGCUUUAAAGCGCUUCUUGGCGCGGCGUGGCCCCGUACAAUGCAUAUAUUCGGACAAUGGGACUAAUUUUACUGGUGCCAACUCUUACAUGCGUGACCUCUACAAGUUUUUAGACGGUCAUCGUCCACAUUUGGAGAUGGAGCUCGCGGAGAACCGCAUUGAUUGGAAAUUCAUUCCUCCCGCUUCUCCACACUUCGGAGGCGCAUGGGAAAGCAUGGUGAAAAUAGUAAAAAAUCACCUUUUCAAGGUAAUCGGUACGCAAAUACUGUCAUAUGAGGAGCUUCUGACUACGCUUGCGCAGAUAGAGGCCCUUGUAAAUUCGCGACCACUGACAGCUCUGAGUAGUGAUCCCGCUGAGCCUUCAGCUCUCACCCCGGCUCAUUUCCUCAACACUGCUCCGCUGUUGUCCUUACCUGCUCCAUUGGUCGAGUCAGGUAAUUUGCGUGACCGACAUGCACUUCUGGAUAAGAUAGUGCAGUCCUUCUGGCAACGUUGGCGUGCAGAAUAUCUGCAUCAGUUGCAGUCUCGAGCUAAAUGGACCACGCCAUCAGUUCCUAUCGUAACUGGCACAGUGGUUGUCAUAAAAGUAGAUAAUGCGCCGCCAUUUUCAUGGCCUUUAGGCGUCGUAGAGGCAGUACAUCCUUCGAAGGACGGCUCAACCCGCGUUGUCACUGUCAGGACAAAUAAAGGAAGUUUCGUCCGUCCUGUCGUGCGAUUAUGCCCUCUGCCUAACCAAUAAUUAAUAGGAGUAUACUUCGUUAGAAUAAUACUUUUUCUUUAGUUCAUUAUUUCGCUAUAUUAUUGUGAAUGUUCGUUUAAUUUGAUGAUAAGGGUUAUUAUUUAUUAUAUUUAGUUUUUCUUUCCUUUAAAGGAACCCUUUAAGGUCGGGGGGAAAUGUUCGCGCCCUUUUUCAUUCAUUAUCAUUCAUAUUCAUCCAUCUCGCUCGCUUUUCUUUCAUACUAUCUACUCUAUUCAACCUCAUUUUUAUUCUCAUAUCACCCGCCUUUUUGCCGACCUACUUAAACGCAAAAUAAAGAAGCUAAAAA